AUGGCUAUGUCCAAGAUCGUGUCGCUUACUGGCCUCCUGGCCUCUGCCUCUCUCGUCGCCGGCCACGGUUAUGUGUCUGGAGUCGUCAUUGAUGGUCAAUACUAUGGUGGAUACCUUGUUGACAAGUACGCCUACUCGGACAAUGCCCCAGAUACCAUUGGCUGGACCACCUCUGCCACCGACCUUGGAUUCGUGGACGGCACUGGAUACCAGUCCCCCGAUAUCAUCUGUCACAAGGACGGAGCGCCAGGUGCUUUGACUGCUGAAGUUGCUGCUGGUGGCAAAAUUGAACUGCAGUGGACUGAGUGGCCUGAAAGUCACCACGGCCCUGUCCUCAAUUACCUCGCACCCUGCGGCGGCGAGUGCUCCGCGGUGGACAAGACAACUUUAGAGUUCUUCAAGAUCGAGGCCAAGGGCCUGAUUGACGGCACCACCCCCCCGGGUCAGUGGGCUACCGAUGACUUGAUCAGCAACAACAACAGCUACACUGUGACCAUCCCGACAUCCAUCCAAGAGGGCAACUAUGUUCUCCGCCACGAGAUCAUCGGCCUUCACUCUGCCGGUCAGAAGGAUGGUGCUCAGAACUACCCCCAGUGCAUCAAUAUCAAGGUCACUGGCGGCGGAGACGCCACGCCGGCAGGUACCGCCGGCGAGGCCCUUUACAAGGACACUGACGCUGGUAUUCUGUUCGACAUCUACAGUGACCUCAGCGGCGGCUACCCCAUCCCUGGCCCUGAGGUUUUCAGCGCUUAA